CACGGACCGCCGCUCGCGGGAGGAACUCCUGCCCUUCUUUGCGCGUCUUCUAAAAAAUUAAUGUCGGGCGCUUCGCCGCUCCGUCCAUUUCCUUAUAUGUUCAUAGACACACGUUUGUGUUUCUACAUGCAGGUCCGUCUGUCGUAUGUGCGGAUCAAGUAUCUCUUCAUCUCCUGGCUGGUAGUGUUUAUUGGCAGCUGGAUUAUGUAUGUCCAGUACUCCACCUACACGGAACUGUGCAGAGGACAUGACUGUAGGAAAAUAAUAUGUGAUAAAUACAGGACUGGUGUUAUUGAUGGGUCAGCAUGUAGCAGUCUUUGUGCUAAAGAAACAUUGUAUUUUGGAAAAUGUUUGUCAACAAAGCCCAAUAACCAGAUCUAUUUAGGAAUCUGGGGAAAUCUGCAAAGUGUUAUAAAAUGCCAAAUGGAAGAAGCUACUCAACGUGACUUUGGUACUGACCCAGAACCAAGGAAGGAAAUAGUCCUAUUUGAUAAACCAACAAGAGGAACCACUGUUGAGAAAUUCAAAGAAAUGGUAUAUGGUCUUUUUAAAGCAAAACUGGGUGAACAAGGAAAUCUUUCAGAACUGGUUAAUCUCAUCCUGUCUUUUGCUGAUGGAAACAAAGAUGGAAGAGUCUCUUUGCCAGAGGCAAAAUCUGCAUGGGCACUCCUGCAGCUAGAAGAGUUUCUGUUAAUGGUGAUCUUGCAGGAUAAAGAGCACACUCCCAAGCUGAUGGGGUUUUGUGGGGAUCUCUAUGUGACCGAACGAGUUGAAUAUACCUCUCUCUAUGGAAUCAGCCUUCCGUGGAUUAUAGAACUGCUCAUUCCCUCUGGCUUCAGAAGAAGCAUGGACCAGUGGUUCACUCCAUCAUGGCCAAGAAAGGCAAAAAUAGCUAUAGGGCUUUUAGAAUUUGUGGAAGAUAUUUUCCACGGACCUUACGGAAACUUUCUUAUGUGUGAUACAAGUGCCAAAAACUUGGGAUAUAAUGAUAAAUAUGAUUUGAAAAUGAUGGACAUGAGAAAAAUAGUGCCAGAAAUGAAUUUGAAGGAAAUAAUUAAAGAUCGUCAGUGUGACUCAGAUUUGGACUGCAUUUAUGGUACAGACUGUAGAACACUAUGUGACCAAAGCAAAAUGAGAUGUACCACUGAAGUAAUUCAGCCAAACUUAGCAAAAGCUUGUCAGCUCCUUAAAGACUAUCUGCUUCGUGGUGCUCCUGCAGAUAUCCAUGAAGAACUAGAGAAACAACUGUACUUGUGCAUUGCCCUUAAAGUCACAGCAAGUCAGAUGGAAAUGGAGCAUUCUUUAAUACUUAAUAACUUAAAAACUUUACUGUGGAAGAAAAUUUCUCAUACAAAUGAUUCGUAACUUCUCCACCAGCAGAAGAGAAUAUCGAUGCCUGCCACUAGAGGUGGCCUAAGACAUUUGAUAAAGCAGUCUGCACCUUUUUAAAAAGAUAUUUCUCUACUCAGAUUUUGUUAAUGGUUCUUUCAGCCCUGCCCUUCAGUCAGUAGCUCAUGGCAGGGCUUCUCAGAAAAGGAACGUGCCACUGAAUGAUUAGGCAGAGGCCAGAAGUCCUUCUGGUGUUCAGUGAUGUGCUAUGGAAACAAGAACUCUGCAUGCUUGACUGUUCUGUGCACUUUGUCAGAUCUUGAACAGGAUGAAAGUGUUCACUGUGCCAUCACAUCAGCUGAGGGAACAUCUUCCAUUUCUGUGAAAAACACUGCUCACUUGUGAAAUACCUGCAGAGGAUUUUUUUUCCCAAGUAGUUUCAUGAAGAAUCACCACUACUGCAAGUAAUGUGUCCAAGUCCAAGCUGCUGUUAAGAAUAAACUGAACUGUGAGAUUGAAGUUUACUAAUACCUUGGCAUGGCAGAAUUUGCACAUUAAAUAAUUUUUAACUGUGGAAAAUUAGAAUUUUAUUCUAGAAUGGAUAGGGUGUAAUAUGAGACAAAUCAGAUUCUGUUUACACAUUGUUUACCUCAUGCUUAUGUCUUGAAUGUUUUAGUUCAAUGUUUUUCAUUAAGUCAUUGUAUGGGGAGCCAAGAAUUUUAUAAUAUUGUUUCUUAAAGUCAUCUACAUGGUUUAGCAGCAAUACCAGCAUCUGUUUCAAAAACUGCUGUGGAAACCUUUAACCCAAAUUAAGCUGUAGCAAAUAGUGAAAAGCAAGGACUUUGUGGAGUAAGCUAUAGUACGAAAACUGAAUUUUUAAAAAAUAUUGAAUAGCAGACGUGUCCAAGCAGUUGAAAAGGAAGUUUGCGUAGUGUAGGAAUCUGUUGCAUGACAUGAGAAACAAUUAAUAGUUAUGGAAAGUCUUGCCUCUUUACUGUCCCUCCACAUUUAGCUACAGCCCUGAGCUAGCCAGAGCUAGACCUGAAUUUUAAGACAGAAGCUGGAUUGUUCAGGAUUGUGCAAUAUUGCUCAAAUGGGAGCCUGGGAGGUAUCUUCCAGCUCAUUCCUAGCUGUUCCUAAGUGAGCUGCAGUGUGUUACUAUUCUUUUUUUCUAGUAGCAUCUAUGAGUCACUGUUAAGAAUCAAGUCAUGAGUAAAUAAACAUCACCUGAUCCUGGCACUCCACAAAGCAUGACCACUCUACCACCUUUGCUCUGCACCCUUGUAUCUUUCAGAUUUACAUCUGUGUUUGUAACUAUGCAGAAUUGGGUGUCCAUAAUACAUCUGAAUACAUGCUCAAUACUUACCUGUUGAAUCUUUAAUUUAUAAGUGCUUUAGGUAUAAAGCUGUUCAAUCUUUGAUUUUAAUGGCAGUUAUCUGUCUACUUCUGAAUCCUGGCCCGUUCAUUCAUUCAUUUUCAGCAGAGGUAAGAACAAGCUUUAAGUAUUUGAAAGGUUAACUGCUCUAGGUAUCCUGUCUUAAAUGCAUUCCUAGAAUGAUGACACUGAAGCACGGGACUACAAUAAAGUAAUUUCUCUAUACCAGAUGUAAUAAUAUACAGCUUGGGUUAAGAUUGUUUUGUGAACAUCAGCCUUUAAGAAACACUAUGCUCAUGCUAAUUAUUGUCUGGAACUUGCCAAUGUGCUCCAACUAUGAACUAAUAAGUAUUUGUAACCAGCAAUGCACUGAAAGUGUAAAGUGGUCAUGUUCUUGGUGAAAAAAAAUCUGACGGUGAUGUGAUUUGGGCAGAGAUUACUUAAAAUACCCACCGUCAUUGGGUAUCUUAACAACUGGAGAAUAUGUUUAAUAGUGCAGUUUCUUGUAUAGAAUCUUCAUUUUUAUUACUGUGGCAUCAAAUUGAAGAUUUCAUUGGGAAAAAAAUACACUUUUGUUUACAAUUAAUCACAGGCCUCUUUUUUUUCAAUAGCAGUAUUUGCACCAACUACCAGUAUCUUAGAGCAAAACCUUCCUCCACAUAGCCUACUUGGCUCGUGUUUAAACUGUGCAAACGGUUCCUCUGAGUCUAAUGGGACACCAAUUGGCACAAAGAAGUGCCUGUGUAACUGAGGGAGGAGGCAAAGGGGCGGGGGAGGAACACUUCUCUUCCAGGUGGCUCAGCCUGCAAGCUGCAGAGGGAAACAGACUGGGCUCUAGGUGGGAGCCGCCCUUUAGGAUAAGGAGAUGAAGGCUGGUGAGUGGUGAUGUGGAUGGACACAGAGAGGGGAGGCAGGAGAAGACUGAAGAGGUGGAGACUGGCAUCAGGGGGAAGGGGGGAGCGUGAGGGUGGAAAAGCCCAGGGGUGCUCCUCAGAGGGACCAUCUCGAGUUGUUCCUGCAUGAGAAAUACAGUGCUUGGUGGAACGAGACGGUGUGGGCUCUGCUAAGGGAACCCUAGGGGUGAACUGGAAAGGAACAUGGUGUGGCUGUGUGGUGAGUCAAGGGGAAAGGCUCUGGUGUGUAACUGCCAGGGAGCCUCAUUAAUGUUCCUUUAACAAGGCCUCUGUACCUACCCCCACAUCUUCAAGUGAAUUCUCUUACCAACUCUCACCACACUAAGUAACGUGAAUAUUCAGCUCAAGACAGUACCUGUUUCAGCAGAGCCAA